CAUUCAGCCCAAGAAAGCUCCGCCGCGCCGUGCUGCUGCCGCUGCUUCUCUCAAGCGAACCGUCGUGGACUCUGACGAGGUCUUUGACUUUGACGAGCAAUCAGACGACGAUUUUGAAAUGACCCCGCCCAAGAAGAUCAAAGUUAGCGCAACCAAGAAGGCUCCUGUUGCAAAGAAAGCUGCGCCUGCUGCGAAGAAAGCUGUGCCUGCGCCUGCACCAAAGUCCAACAAAAUCAGCUCGAUCUUCUCUGACGAGGACUCGCUUGAGUUUGAAUCGCCUCCUGCGAAGAAGGCGCCUGCGCCAAAGAAAGCUGCGGCCAUGAAGAAAGCCGCGCCAAAGACCACCUCGAUCUUUUCAGAUGACGAUUCUGGCAGUGACUUUGAAAUGUCGCCACCGGCGGCCGUGAAGAAGACUGCCGCUGCCGCAAAGCCAAAGAAAGCACCCGCAGCUGCCAAGGUCACAAAGCCAAAGGCUGAUCCGAAGCCCAAGACUGCUGCUAAACCCCGCGCAAAGCCUCUGACUCCUCUUGAUAAUGUCAUGGACAAGCUUUCGUCCCCAGCCGCGCCGGCUAAGGGGGGCCCUAGCUCUGAUGAAGGUAGUGAUGACGAUGAUGGCUCGUUUGGAGGAACGCCGCCUGCGAAGCCUCCCCCAAAGAAGUCGGGUACUCAGAAGUCUGGCUCUGAGACCUAUCAAAAGCUCACCCAACUCGAACAUAUCUUGAAACGCCCCGAUACCUAUAUUGGGUCUAUCGAAUACUCUGAGCGGUUGAUGUGGAGUUUUGACUCUGAUUCCCAGAGCAUGGUGUAUAGAAACGUCCGCUUCGUACCCGGUCUCUACAAGAUCUUUGAUGAGAUUCUGGUCAACGCCGCCGACAACAAGAUUCGCGAUCCCGACAUGGACUCUCUCAAGGUCUCGAUCGACAAGGAAAAGAACGAGAUCGUGGUGUACAACAACGGCCGCGGUAUCCCGAUUGAGAUGCACGAGAAGGAAAACAUGUAUAUUCCCGAGCUCAUCUUUGGUAACCUUCUCACGUCGAGCAACUACGACGACGACGAAAAGAAAGUUACCGGUGGUCGUAAUGGUUACGGUGCAAAGCUUUGCAACAUCUACUCGACCGAGUUCAUCGUUGAGACUGCGGACAAAAACACAAAGCAGAAGUACAAGCAGGUUUGGAAUUCCAACAUGUCGAAAGUCGGCAAGCCCAAGAUCACCUCGAACGCGAGUGGACAGCAGUACACAAGGAUCACGUUCAAGCCAGACUUGAGACUAUUUGGAAUGACUGAGCUUGACGAUGACUUGAUUGGCAUCAUGAAACGACGAGUUUAUGAUUUGGCUGGAUCGGUUAAGAACAUCAAGGUGUAUCUUAACGACAACCGAUUGAUGAUUCGCAACUUCAAGCAGUACAUGGAGAUGUAUGUUACCGCUUUGUCUGCCAACACCGCUAUCAAGGAAGAGGAGGAUAUUAUCAAAAAGUCCGAAUCGGAUGACGAAAGUGGGUUUGAGUCUGAUGCGAAGGAGUCAAAGGUGGCGGUGCCAAAAGGUCCCAAACCUGUUAUUGUUCAUGAGGUCGUCAAUGAUCGAUGGGAGAUUGGAUUCGCGGUCUCUGAUGGAAACUUCAACCAGGUUUCAUUUGUCAACUCGAUAGCUACUUCCUCUGGUGGUACUCACGUCAACUAUGUUUGCGAUCAGCUUGUAAACAAGAUCACAGAAGUCGUGAAGAAGAAGAGCAAGUCGAGCGCGAUCAAGCCGCAGCAGAUUCGAAACAACAUGUUUUUGUUUGUGAAUUGCUUGAUCGAAAACCCUGCGUUCACAUCGCAGACGAAGGAGCAGCUGACGACGCGUCCUUCUGCGUUUGGAUCAAAGUGUGUUCCGUCUGAUGCGUUUCUGAAGAAGGUGGUCAACUCGAGUAUCAUUGACAGUCUGUUGGACAUUGCGACUGCCAACGCCGACAAGGCUUUGAAGAAGACUGAUGGAUCGAAGAGAAACAGAAUCACUGGUCUUGUCAAGCUCGACGAUGCCAACAAGGCUGGUACCAGAGAAGGACACAAGUGCACGCUGAUCCUCACCGAGGGAGACUCAGCCAAGGCAUUAGCUGUUGCUGGACUCAGUGUUGUCGGGCGAGAUUACUAUGGAGUUUAUCCUCUUCGUGGAAAGUUACUGAACGUGCGUGAAGCGUCUCAUGAUCAGAUUAUGAAGAACGCCGAGAUUCAGGCGAUCAAGCAGAUUAUGGGAUUGCAGCAUAAGAAGAACUAUUCGAACACCAGAGAUCUUCGAUAUGGACAUCUUAUGAUUUUCACUGAUCAGGAUCACGAUGGUAGUCACAUCAAGGGAUUGUUGAUCAAUUUCUUGGAGUCAACGUUCCCUGGACUGCUUGAUAUUCCUGGGUUUUUGAUUGAGUUCAUUACGCCGAUUGUGAAGGUAACGAUUACCAAGGGCAAGAAGGUGACGACGAUUCCGUUCUACACGAUGCCAGAGUAUGAGUCUUGGAAGGAGACUGAGGGCUCAAAGUGUACGUGGAAACACAAGUACUACAAGGGUCUGGGAACGUCGACGCCAGCGGAGGGACGAGAGUACUUUAAGCAGCUGGAUAAGCAUCUGAAGCAGUUUCAUGCGUUGGAGGAAGGAGAUAAGGAGCUGAUUGAUCUUGCAUUUUCGAAAAAGAAAGCGGAUGAGCGAAAGGAGUGGCUGAGACUGUUCAAGCCGGGAACGUAUCUUGAUCCGACGUUGCCCAAGGUUCCGAUCAGUGACUUCAUCAACAAGGAGCUGAUUCUGUUUUCGAUGGCUGAUAACAUUCGGUCGAUUCCGUCGGUGAUUGAUGGAUUAAAGCCGGGGCAGCGAAAGGUGCUGUUCAGUUGCUUCAAGCGUAAUCUGAAGUCUAGUAUCAAGGUCGCGCAGUUGGCAGGAUACGUUUCGGAGGUUUCAGCGUACCACCAUGGUGAAGCCUCGCUUGUGCAGACGAUUGUCAGUAUGGCGCAGGAUUUCGUGGGAAGCAACAACUUGAAUCUGUUGCUGCCCAAGGGAAUUUUCGGUACGCGCGCGACAGGUGGAAAAGAUGCGUCAGCGCCGCGUUAUAUUUACACUGAGCUCAACCCGCUUACGCGGAAGGUGUUCCAUGUUGACGACGAGCCGAUUCUGAGUUAUAUGACGGAGGAGGAGAAGCGGAUCGAGCCGGAUUGGUAUAUGCCAGUGAUUCCGAUGGUGCUUGUUAACGGCGCGGAUGGAAUUGGUACGGGAUGGAGUACGUCGAUUCCGAACUACAACCCGAUGGAUAUUGUGGACAACAUCCGGCGGAUGAUGAAGGGCGGCGAGAUGUUGAAGCCGAUGGAUCCGUGGUAUCGUGGAUGGCACGGGACGAUUGAGAAAGUGGGGACGGACAAGUACAAGGUGUCUGGCACGAUUCGACAGACGAAUGAUACGACGGUCGAGAUCACCGAGCUGCCGAUCCGGAUGUGGACGGUAACGAUGAAGGAGUUUUUGCUUGCGGGUAUGGCAGGGACGGAGAAGCAGCGACCGUGGAUCAAGGACAUGACGGAGCAGCACAAGAUGGAUAUCAAGUUUGUUGUUGUGCUGUCCGAGGAAGAGAUGGCGAAGGCAUUGUCAGAGGGAUUGUUGAAUAAGUUCCGGUUGACGAGCUCGAUUAGUAUGAACAACAUGGUCGCGUUUGAUGCGAACGGUCGGAUCAAGAAGUACGAGACGGUGGAGGAUAUUCUGAAGGAUUUCUACUUUGUUCGUCUCGACUACUACCAGCGACGGAAGGACCAUCUCGCGGGGGUGUUUACGGACCACCUUGAGAAGCUGGCAGCGCAGGCGCGGUUUGUGAAGAUGAUUAUCGAUAAUAAGCUGAAGGUGUCAAAUCGCAAGCGGGUGGAGCUUGUGCUUGAGCUGAAGAAGCUGAAGUUCCCGCCGAUUGCGAAGAAGAAGAAGUACGGUCCUCUGGACGAUGAGGAGGAUUUAGAGGAGGCGGCGAAGAAGGCAGAGGAGGAAGAUGAUGGGGUUGUCGGGGAUGUUGAUGUUUCUGCUUACGAUUAUCUUCUGGGGAUGCCAAUCUGGUCCUUGACGCGCGAGAGAUUCCAGCGUCUGGAGCGCGAGCGAGACGCGAAGGAAGAAGAGUUGAAUACGCUGUUGAAGAAGACGGCGAAGGAUCUGUGGGAUGCGGAUUUGAACGAUUUUGAGAAGAGCUGGACUGAUUUCCAGACGAGCUACAAGACUCAGCGACCUGCGUAGAAGGUUGGGAUUUAUGUGAAUUGCUAUUUGCGGUGAUGUACUAGAUAGUUAAGAGAAUAUGACAUAUAAAGUAAGCGCUGAGUAAG